AUGCCUUUGAAACAGAUGAUAGGAAAUGGAUGUUAUAGGUACGCGAAGUACUCGAAAAAAAUAACAAGUUUUGAAUCAUCUAAACCUGUACUGUCCAGAGACCCCAUGAGUAAGGGAAUGCAGUCGCAUCAAUACGUUCUGUUACCGGAAACGUGGAUGUUAGGUGGUAUCGCGCUCAUCGUCCUCGUUGUCGUGCUGUUCUUGUUCAUUCUCAGAACACAACCAAAAACCAGGGAUACGCAAAUGUGGGCUAUAUACAUCGAGAAUCAGUAA